GAGCGCCGGCGCUCCGCGCUGUCAACGUGGAUACCUUACUCCGUCUCUGCCACGCGCUGCCCGCCACCACGGCCGCCGCCGCGUCAUCGGGGCGCGCGGGGGCCGAUGGCCGCGUCCAGCUGUUGCAGGCGGUGGACACGGAGCACACCGUGGACUCGGUGGAGUGGUGCCCGCUGCCGGGCUGCAGGCACUUGCUGGCGUGCGGCACCUACCAGCUGUGGACGCCGGAGUACCGGCCCGCCGACCGGGAGAGCCAGAGUGAACUGGAUGUUGACGAGCCUCCAAUUCGUUUGGGUCGUCUCUACCUGUAUAGUUGCAAUGAGGACAGCUCUCCUUGCCCCCUGGUUGAAGUCCAAAGAAGAGAUACUUCUGCGAUCCUGGACAUGAAAUGGUGUCACGUUCCAGUGGCCGGCCAUCCCCUCUUGGGCGUGGCAGAUGCUUCUGGGUCCAUAGAGCUCCUCCGCUUGGUGCCAUCUGAGCAGGACACUUGGACACUGCAGCCCUGCUCCCGCUUGGCCCUGGAAAAGCAGUGUCUGGCCUUGUCCUUGGACUGGUCCACUGGGAAAGCCGGAAGGGCCAGUGACCAGCCCUUGAAAAUCAUUAGCAGCGACUCCAAAGGGCAGCUCCACCUCCUGAAGAUCAGCGAGGCGGGGCCCGGACUGCAGGCUGUGGUCACGUGGCAGGCCCAUCGGUUUGAGGCCUGGGUUGCUGCUUUCAAUUACUGGCAGACGGAAGUCGUGUACUCAGGUGGGGACGAUGGCCUCCUGAAGGGCUGGGACACCAGGACACCCGGCACAGCCGCCUUCAGCAGCCGCAGACACUCCAUGGGCGUGUGCAGCAUCCAGAGCAGCCCCCACCGUGAGAACGUGUUGGCCACGGGAAGCUAUGACGAGCAUGUUCUCCUCUGGGACACGCGGAGUCUGUGGCGGCCACUGGCUGACGUGCCUGUGCAGGGCGGGGUGUGGAGGCUCAAGUGGCACCCGUUCCACCGUGACCUGCUCCUAGCGGCCUGCAUGCACGGCGGCUUUACGAUCAUCAACUACCAGACGGCAGCAGAGGAAGAACAGGAAGCAGUCUCUCUGUCCUACCCCUUGCCCAACUCGCUGGUGUAUGGAAUCGACUGGUCCUGGCUCUACUUCUGCCGUCUGCCACAGACCCAGCCGUCCUUCCCUGGCAGUGACCCAGAAGCCAGAACCGCAGACCAGGACCCUGCCCUGAAGGUUGCAGAUCCGUCACCAGCACCCUCUUCAGAGUGUUUAGCUGACAGUGAUGGCGUGGGUGGCACCACACACCAGGACGGAAGCAAGCUAGAGGGCCCUCUGAAGCCAUCUGCAGAGGACAAGAAGGAUGUCCAGCUGCCUACUUCAGGGAUCAAGAUCUGUGACUGCGACCAGGAUCUGGAGGCAGCAGACUUUGACAUCAACCUUCUGGCCACUUGCUCCUUUUAUAAUCAUGUUCUUCACCUCUGGAAGUGGGAGAACAUCUGAGCUGGGGAAGACCUUGUUUGGUUUGACAUGGAAAAGACAAUUUCCACAAACAAAACCUAGAGUACAUCUUUAUCUUUUUUGAGAACUGUCCCCAGGCUAUCUCACUGAUAUUUUGGUUACAUGAAGUUUUCUGUAUGGGGCUCAGUGCAUCUGUGGAAUUUUCUCAGUAGAUAGAAAAGCUAUUGGCCUCUCAGAUAAACCUUAUCUGCUGGGCCCUUCAAAAUGGUGGCUCUGUGGCAGCAAGGGGUGGAGGAGGGGCUUGGUUCCCAGCUCUCAAACUUGUCCUGUGUUUUGACUUUCAGUUCUUCAUACUUAUAUAAGCAACUACUUACCUUAACUAAAAUUUUUAAAGCUACUUUAUAAUA